GCGCGAUGUCUUCUCCUUUCCGGAACCAGCCCCGCUGCCACUUUCCGUUCCGUGUCGUGUCAUCCUCUUCCUCUUCCUCUUCCUCCUCCGUCUUCCCGCAAGGCAAGCAAUUUCCGAUUAGCGGCCGAUUGAAGCGAUUUGAUUUGCUAUGAAACCCUUCAAGAAGGAGUUCACCUUCGAGGAGAGGUCGGAGGAAUCGGCGGCCAUGAUCACCAACUACCCUGCCAGGAUCCCCGUCAUUGUUGAAAGGUUUUCAAGGAGUAAUUUACCAGAAAUGGAGAAGAGGAAGUACCUGGUUCCGUGUGACAUGCCGGUUGGGCAGUUCAUUUUCAUACUACGUUCCAGGUUACACCUAUCUCCAGGAACAGCGCUAUUUGUGUUUGUAAACAGCACUUUGCCCCAAACAGGUGAGAUUGUGUAUCUAUUGUUCGUUCCUCCUUAA